ACGCUCUCUUUGUCGGGAUGAGAGCGGCUCCUUGAACAUCCGGUCAGGGUUCUGCAGUUCAUUUGUCCGUGAAGAUGCCGAAGUUUUACUGUGAUUACUGUGACACAUACUUGACGCACGACUCGCCAUCGGUAAGGAAAACUCACUGUAGUGGACGUAAGCACAAAGAAAAUGUAAAAGACUAUUAUCAGAAAUGGAUGGAGGAGCAGGCGCAGAGCCUGAUAGACAAAACGACUGCUGCUUUCCAGCAGGGGAAGAUUCCACCCACACCAUUCCCGGGUGCUGGCCCUCCAGGUGGAUCCCUGCUCCCUCAUCCCAAUAUCAGUGGACCGCCUAGACCAGGCAUGUUACCAGCUCCUCCAAUGGGUGGUCCUCCAAUGAUGCCCAUGAUGGGUCCUCCUCCACACGGCAUGAUGCCUGGUGGUCCAGGCCCGGGUAUGCGGCCUCCUAUGGGUGGGCAUAUGCAGAUGAUGCCAGGCCCCCACAUGAUGCGACCACCUGCUCGGCCAAUGAUGCUGCCUGUUAGACCUGGUAUGGCACGGCCGGAUCGAUAGAAAGAACUGUUCCAUGAUUACCCUCCUCUUCUAAACAAAGACUCCCACCAACUGUAAACAUUGUUUUUCCCAUUGGUUUUGGCAACAGAUGACAAUUUGCUUUUCAUUUAUUCUCUCUUUUUAACUUGGAUGUCCAUAUUUUUCCCUCCUGGCCACUUAUUUGUUAAUCAAGAUACAGUAUAUGUGAUGAACAAAUCCAGCUUGGAGAGAAGUUUUAGUGUUGGAACAUGGGUUUUUGUUUUGUUUGAUUUUUAAAAGGACACUUUUUUUUUUUUCAUAAAAUAAUAAAAUAAAAAAAAAAAAAAACUCCUACAUGCCUCUGCUAAUUCAAAAGAAAAAAUAGCAGCCCUCAGCCACUAAAGUUGGGAUUCCCAAACACAUACCCCAAUGUAUUAGGAGGUUCCAGACUAAAGUAUGGAAAAUAUGAUUAUUCGGCUUAAUAGGUGACACAAAAAGUCAUUACAUUUUAUUAGGUCAUUUAUAUUGAUGUGACAACUAAAUGAAAGAAUUAUGAACAUUUUAAUAUAACAUUUUAGAUUAGUCCCCAAAAUAGACUUGGAUGUUUAAUUCAAGGUACAAAUGCUACAGCAAUUGGCAAGUCUCUAUCUUGACAUCAUAUCCAAAUAUUCAGUGCAAACAAAAUAAAGUGCAAGCGAUUAUACAGAAAAUGUGAGUGAAUUAUGAAGAGGGACUUUUUUUUUUUUUUUAGGUAAAUGUCCCAUCGUAUCAUGAAUAACAAUGCUAAGGUAAAUGCCUAUUUUUCUGUCAUUUCACAGUGUGAUUAAAGUUGAGUACCUCCAGCUAAAGCCAUUUUCUAGAUGUGGUUGCACAGUGUUCAUUCUGAAUUGCAUGACGGAAUUAUGUUUGCUAGUCAGUUCUGAUUUCAGGUGUACAUUUACAGCCCUACUUUUAACAUUUUUCAAUAUUUUUGGCUCGCAUUUAAAAAAAAAAAUCCAUCCAAGCAAUUUUUUAAAGCAACCAUUUUGUGAGCAAAAUCCUUACUCUUUUUUUUUUUUUUUUAAACUGUUGAGUGGGUCCUGGGUAUAAAGCCUAAAGGAACAUUACUUUGCUGUGUUCUCAGUCUUCAUUUUACGUCUGGAAGAUCCCAAUGUCUAAAAGCCCAUGUUAAGGAAUAUAACAUCAUUGAUCUCACAGAGCUUAAUACUAAGAUCCUAUUCCAGUUUCUUCAAAUUUCCUAUAUUCCUGAUAAUCAAGUAAACUGUUUGUUUAUUCAAACAUAUAUAAAAUCCUAGCAUGCUGUGGCUGUUGUAUGUACAGACCCACCUCACAAGCAAAUGCUUAAAUGUGAAUUUGUCUAAACUCCUUAUAGGAGUAAUCUCACAGUACUGGAUCAAUCUCCUCAUGCUGCAGUUCUCUGCCACUGAAUGAUUGACACCUCUGGGUCUCUCAUUCACUCACACGUUAUGAUUCACCUGAUUUCCACUUCUAUUCACACCUUGGUGUCCGGAAACUUGAAAGGUGGAGUCAGCUACACAGGAAGAAAUAUAUAUAUGAUUUAAGAAAUAUGAAUUUAUCCUUUAGAAUCUAAAUGAAUGUUUUCUAAGUGUAUAGCAUUAUGGGCAUGUAUUUAACAGUACAAUUCUGAUACAUUAAAAAUAUUCACAUGA